AUGAAUGAUGGCCUGAUGCCUACCUGGGAGGGUGCCAUCUGCCCUUUCUGUUCCAAAGGCAAAGUCGGCCCAUUGCAGACGAGAUCUUGUAAUGGACUGCCCCGUUGUCGGUGCCGACGGUUCGGAUGCCAGAAGUACAUUACUCCACAGCAUCUACAUCCGCUAUUCACUGCCACGCGCGGUCCUGAAGGACACUCGCUAGGCACGCAAGCCGCAGUGCUACUUCUACGUCUGGCCAACGUCCCUCUGAGCUCCAUACACCUCGUCACUGAUGUGAACCAUAAGGCCAUCGAACGUAUGGAUCACAAUCUAUGCCUCCUUCGAAAGAGCUAUGUGGAGAAAACCCUGAAGAGUAUGACGUUCGGCGGCAAGAAGAAUGCGUGGCAGGACGUGGAGGUGGACGAGUCCGUCUUCGACAAGAAGCUGAUUCCCUUGGAGGAAGCGUUCUCGCCGGCGAAGACGAUGAUGUGGGAGCAGUGGGUCGGCAUGGUCCAGCGCGGCAAGCCGGAGUCGCUGGUUUUGAUCCGCCUCUCUCCGCAGCCCACAAAGCCACGCUCACCGGGACCUGGUCCCAUCAAGAAAUGCGAUUGGAAGCCGAUCGCCGACCAAUGGCUCAAGGACAAGCAGGUGUGGGUGUGGGAGCUGCCUACCUACGUCAAGAUGAAGAAAGUGGUCUUGCCCAACCAGAAGCGUCUGACGGUAAAG